GCACAUGAUGCUGUUAAGAGAUUUUGUUUUUUAAUUUCUCUGUUGAAAAUAUUUUGAUCCAAGCUUCAUCUUAAAUGAUCUGUAAUUAAGUCACACUACUAGUGUGAAUAGCUGCAAUCAUGAAUGUGAUAAUUUAACGUAUUCCUGCCAAAAUGUGGGCUAUUAUUAAGUUUGCAGAGUGAGUUAAUUGAAGGACAGAAUGCAAGGUAAGUAUCGCAAAUCACAACACCUGGGAAUAAAUUAUAAAGGGUAUUGUCGGGUGCUGCAGACCACAUGACAAGUCCGAAACGCUGUAAUCCUAAAAUUUCUGACAUGGAGAAACGAGCAGUGUAGAAAGCUCCUGAAAAACUGAUUUUAAGGAAUGUUGCGUACAACCUUCACAACAGGCAUCUAUCUUUCACAAUAAAUACAAAAUACCACGCAAAUUAUGCGUAUUGAAAACUUAACGCUGUUAUUAUCAAGAUUCGAAGAAAAUAAUUACACAAUCUUACUCAAAUCAGUUAUUUUGGUUUUCUUUCAGAAAUUACCAGCAGCCUGAGUAACAUGGAUUUUGAAAAGGCGUACAACACUGUGCACCUGGAUGGCACACGAGAAUACUCUCUCUUCCUACUACGAGCAUUGCUCAUCUGUGGCUGCAGUGUUUAUCUUUGCAAAUAGUUUGAUUUUCUUUCUGUGCCUUAUCGGCAAUACUCUUGUCUGUAUGAUUGUUUUGGAAAACAAACAUUUCAUUCUUAAUCUGGCUAUAAGUGACCUGGUUGGCAUAUUUCGCUUGCCUAUCACCCUUGUGGACAACUUGAUAACAGGUUGGCCAUUUGAUGAGGUAAUUUGUCAAAUGAGCGGACUGAUACAAGGAGCUUCUGUGUCAGCAUCUGUGUUUACUCUGGUGACCAUUGCAGUGGAAAGGUUUUGUUGUAUCAUCUACCCCUUUCAGAAGAAGCUCACCCUGAGACAAGCAAUUGUCAUCAGCGUGUUCAUCUGGGCCUUAGCUGUGAUCAUCAUGUGUCCGUCUGCCAUCACACUUACAGUCUCCCUGGAUGAUUAUCACCCGAUGGUGGACACCGACAACAGCACCUUCCCCAUGUAUACUUGCUGGGAAGCCUUGUCUGACCAGGGGAUGAGAAAAAUAUACACCACAGUCCUUGAACAUUUUUCCGUUCGCACACUGUUUGACAUUCUUUAACAGUAGUGUAAACCCUAUUAUCUGUGGAUAUUUUAAUGAGAACUUCAGCGGUGGUUUUCAGGCAGCCUUUAAGUUUCAGCUUUGCCUGUUCAGGUGGGGUCUCUCUGGUGACCCAGCAGUCAGAGUCACCGGUGCUUGGACUCACAACAAAUGAAGAACGAAGUGCUGGGAGGAGGAGAAACUAAAUGAACUUUUGCUGGAGGACCUAAGCUUGUCACUAUUUCAUGUUAUUUCAGCUUUCUGAAAGUGCCAGUAAUAUUCUCUGUGGAGAAAAUACAUUGUGAUCCAUUGCGAUUGAAUGGAUUUGUUAUUCUUUCUUUCUCCAUUUCUGCAUGCAAUUGUAAUGUGUGGAAAGCGUUUGCUUUUAUGGGAGUGAUCAGUAGAUGUAUGUAACAAAUAAUACCUAGAUAUCACAUAAGCGCAGCUAGUUCAGGCAGGGCAAUCGGGCAGCGCGCGUCAU